UCUGGUACCUACACUCAAAAAGGUAAAAGCUCACUGUCCCUCAGCUUUCCCGGUGAUCUCCCGGAAAAUGUCGGCGUGUUGCGAGCUGCGCAGGGCACCUCGCCGCCGCCCCAAGAGUCCCUUUUUAUCUUGGAGCUUCAAGAUUCUUUUGAUGGCCCUAGUGCUCCGGUUACCCACAUCCUUUGGUGACUGUGGUAAACCACCAGUGUUUGAAUCUAUGACGAUAAAGGGUACCCCUAAAUCUUCAUAUGCAGUUUGGGAGAAAGUAUUUUAUGAUUGUAAACCAGGAUACUUUUACAAAUUAUUUUUCCCCUAUAACACCUUUUGUGAGCCAAAUAAUACAUGGUUCCCUCUUGAUGAAGCCUGCUCCAAAAAAUCAUGUCCAACUCCGAAAGUCCCAAAUGGAGGAGUAGUUGCCCCACAGAUGGGCUUUGAAUUUGAUAAAGAAGCUCACUUUUAUUGUGAUGACCGUUAUUACUUAAAAGGAGAAGAAAUUCUAACUUGUAAACUUUCUGGAGACCAGGUGCAUUGGGACUAUGAUAUCCCAAAAUGUGAAAAGAUUUUGUGUAAAUCACCUGGAAAAAUAAAAAAUGGAAAACAUACUAAUAGCUGGAGGGAGGUAUUUGAAUUUAAUGAAUUAGUAACUUAUACUUGUGACCCUUCAAAUGGACCAGAAGAAUAUUCACUUGUGGGAGAGAGCAGGCUUAUUUGUUCUGGGCCUGGCAAAUGGAGUAGUGACCCUCCUCAGUGUAAAGUGGUCAAAUGUGACUAUCCAGUACUCAAACAUGGAAGACCAAUAUCAAAAAUUAAAGAAAAAUUUUCCUACCUAGAUGAGAUUUUAUUUCAAUGCCAGGAAGGCUUCUAUCUUAAUGGCAGCAACCCGGUAUUCUGUGGUGGAAACAAUGAUUGGGAGCCUGAGAUGCCAACGUGUAUUAAAGGUUUCAAGCCUACUCAUCCAACCAAGCCUCCAGUUUCAAGAUAUCCAGGCUAUCCCAAUCCUCUUGAAUUACCACCAAUUGAGGAGAUCGUGGAAUUAGAUCCAGGAGUCAUUGCUCUAAUUAUCUGUACUAUACUUGUUGCCAUUGCAAUAAUUUGCACCUGCUUGUAUAAAUGUCUUCGCAGAGGGAAGAAAGGGGGCCCCCGUGAGCCUGGCCGUAGGCGAGCUGGCACAUCAGGCAAAGGGGCAAGGUGGCGGCAGCUCCGCAGAAGUCCAGAGCCCACCCAGGUAAGUAGCCAGAGAACAGUCAGCCGGCCCCACGCGGGCGCGGGCGGAGCCUCAGUUGCCAGCGUGCCCGGUGGCUUAGACCCACCACAUUCCAUCCAGAGCUAA